AUGCCUCAGGGCUUCGACAAAUGCAAGGAACGACCUGCGCACAUUGACGAAAUCCUUAAUGGUCUGAAUCGAUACAACCCUGAGACCACCACCACUUUUCAAGAAUAUGUCAACCAACAGUGUGAAGAAAAAUUCUUCGAUGCAUACGCCUGCCUGGCGCUGCUCAAAUUAUAUCAAUUCAACCCACAACUCCUCCACCCGGAGACGGUCACCAACAUCCUCGUGAAAGCCUUGACUGUGUUUCCCUCACCCGCCUUCUCGCUGUCCCUCGCGCUCCUCCCUCCUUCAACAAUCCCAUACAACCCUGGCAAUACCUCAAUGCCCACCACCGAUCUCACAGAGUCGAUACAAAAACUCACGCGUUUAAAUACGUUGCUUGAAUCGGCACAGUAUGAUGCAUUUUGGUCCACGCUGGAAUCAGACGACUUGUACUCAGAUCUCUACGCCGACGUGGCCGGAUUUGAGGAUCUGGUCCGAAUACGAAUUGCAGGUGAAGUGGGGAAGACCUUUCGAUCAAUCGACCUGGGAGUGCUGAGUGGGUGGCUUGAUUUGCGAGGAGACGCGUUGACCAAAUUUGCUCAGGGUGCUUGUGGCUGGAAAGUCAGAGGACAACAAGUGGAAAUACCAUCGAACGCCGAGAACGAGGCAAAGAGCGAGGUCAAGAGCGAAAGAGUAGGUGUGGAAAUGUUUGGUCGGGUUUUCAGGAGAGGGUAUGAAGCACCGGCGUGA